AUGGCAGAACCACCGAACCCAGACCAACAGCUCCAAUCCGAAGCCGAAGCCGAAGCCGAGGCGCAGUCACAGUCGCAGUCGCAGUCACAUUCAGAAGCACAAUUACAACCAACACCACAAGAAAACGACAUAGAUGCAGCUGCGCCGACACAAUCAGCGUCCCCGCCGCUGCCCCCGCGCCACACGGCACUGACGCCUGGCCCGCGCGCGUCGCGGUUCCAGGACGUCCUGGAGUCGAGCCUGGCGCACACGCUCAGCAAGCUCACCUACGAAAACCUCGCCUCCUGCUACCCGACUCUCGCCGUCGAGGCGCCGAAAGUGCUGCGCGGCGUGCAGGAGAGAUUGGUGCUGAAGCUGGGCCAGAAUUGUCGGGAAAGCUUCGAUAAAGUCAAUCGCAGUCGCGAUAUCGUUGCCAAGCUUAACGAGCUUGAAACUCUGGUCAGCGAGGCCGAGCGCAGAAGGGACGAAGCGGGUGAGAAGGGCGCCGAGGCCCCUAUACCUCCGCACAUGCUGCCGGCAGACGAGGUCUUGGCCGCACACCUAGCACCGCAUCUAGCAUUGCAGCAGUCACAACUCAACGCCAAACUGCAGACGACACAAGCACACAACGCAAGGCUGUUUGAGGAGAUACAGAAGCAGCGCGCCGAGAUAGAGUCUCUGGUCGGCUUCUUGGAGAAGGCAUUCGAGGACAUCGACGGCGCGAGUCACAUGAUGGAUGGUGUCGUCGAUGACCUGGCCAAGGAGACCCGCAUGAUAGAAGUUGAGAUGGCUGGGUCGUGA